GCGCUGUGCUUCAGCGGCAACUGCCUGCCGCCCGGCGCCGAGCCCGCCGCGCACUGCUACUGCGGCCACCAGUUCGGCAGCUUCGCGGGGCAGCUGGGCGACGGCGCCGCCAUGUACCUGGGCGAGGUGCUGGGCCCGGCCGGGCGGCGCUGGGAGGUGCAGCUCAAGGGCGCCGGCCUCACGCCCUUCUCUCGGCAGGCUGAUGGUCGUAAGGUCCUGCGGUCAAGUAUAAGAGAAUUCCUGUGCAGUGAGGCUAUGUUUCACCUUGGAAUACCCACAACAAGGGCUGGAACAUGUGUAACAUCUGACUCUAAAGUUAUUCGGGAUGUAUUCUAUGAUGGAAAUCCAAAACAUGAAAGAUGCACAGUUGUCCUGAGAAUAGCUUCCACUUUUAUAAGGUUUGGAUCAUUUGAGAUUUUUAAACCUAUGGAUGAACAUACAGGACGGAAGGGUCCCAGUGUCAACCGAAAUGAUAUUCGAAUACAGAUGCUUAACUAUGUGAUCAGUACUUUCUAUCCAGAAAUCCAGCAGGCUUAUCCUGACAACACUAUUCAGAGGAAUGCUGCUUUCUUCAGAGAGAUAACAAAGCGGACAGCAAGGUUGGUUGCUGAAUGGCAGUGUGUUGGAUUUUGCCAUGGUGUUCUGAAUACAGAUAACAUGAGCAUCGUAGGACUUACUAUUGACUAUGGCCCUUUUGGGUUUAUGGACAGAUAUGACCCUGAGCACAUUUGCAAUGGUUCUGAUAAUACAGGACGCUAUGCUUAUAACAAGCAGCCAGAAAUUUGCAAAUGGAAUCUAGGGAAGCUUGCUGAAGCUUUAGUCCCUGAAUUGCCCUUGGAGAUCAGCGAACUCAUUCUGGAAGAGGAGUACAAUGUAGAAUUUGAGAAACAUUAUUUGCAGAAGAUGAGAAAGAAGCUAGGACUCAUUCAGCUGGAAUUAGAAGAAGAUAAUAAAUUGGUAUCUGAACUCCUAGAAACUAUGCAUCUCACAGGUGGAGACUUCACAAACAUUUUCCGGUUGCUGAGUUCUUUCUCAGUAGAUGUGGAUUUUCUUAAAUUUGAGGAAUUUCUAGAAAAAAUUACCAAUCAGUGUGCUUCCAUGGAAGAAUUGAAAGUUGCUUUCAAGCCCCAGAUGGAUCCAAGACAACUUUCCAUGAUGCUGAUGUUAGCUCAGUCUAAUCCUCAACUGUUUGCUUUAAUUGGAACAAAAGCUAAUAUAAAUGAAGAAUUAGAACGCAUAGAGCAAUAUUCUAAAUUGCAGCAGUUAACAGCAGCUGACCUACUCAGCAGAAAUAAUAGACAUUGGACAGAAUGGUUGGAGAAAUACAGAGCCCGCUUAGAAAAAGAAAUAGAAAAUGUUAGUGCUAUUGAUACCUGGAAUGCUGAACAUGUGAAAGUUAUGAAUUCAAACAAUCCAAAAUAUAUUUUGAGAAACUACAUUGCUCAAAAUGCCAUAGAAGCAGCUGAAAAUGGUGACUUCACAGAGGUAAGAAGGGUGUUGAAGCUGUUGGAGGAUCCAUUCCAAGAGACAGAAAGUUUCAGUGAGGUACAGGAAGAGCCAGAAGAGGAAGAAAUAGUUGCUGCAGCUGCUGCUUGUGCUGAAGCGACCAGAAGCAAACCUCCAUAUUGCAGUAAACCUCCCAUCUGGGCUUCAGAACUUUGUGUCACGUGAUCUUCAUAAUCGCCUUGUUUUUGCUUUCACUGCAGAUGGAAGAUUUUGAUCUAUCUUCAGCAGUGGGGGAUCAGCAAGGCAAAGGCAAAGUACUAUUAAGUCAGUGAAACAGUUCAUUUGGAUGUGCCUGCAACUACAUUUUAGCAGUGCUUAUUUUGAAGCAAUCAUGGAUCAUAGGUUUAAUAGAUGAAAGACAAUCAGCAUCCAUAUACACCAUUUGCUUCAUGAAUGACUUUCCUUUUCCUCACCAUAUUACAAGUAGAAAGUGGUAUUUCAUGUUUGGGUGCGCACAGUUUUGAACGUCCAAAUUCAACUGUUUUUAUGUGAAGACAAAAAUAACAAGUCAGAAGUCUGAUCUAUUUUUGUCUGAUUUUGACCUAAUAGUACUUCCAAAAUGUGUUUAAUGCUUUUACUAUGCAGGGAAGUUUGAUCCUCUGUAAUGGAGGAAUAGGCUUGUUACUGCUUAUUUGAAGCUAUGUUUCAUUUAAUUGACUAGUUCAUUUUUUGUGAACCUUUUGAUUGAUGAUGAUUUUUUUUGAAUAUUUGUGCAGGUUAGAGUGUAGGGGAAGGAACCAGAGGGUCAUUUAUUAUAAAAUGCAAUAUGAAGAGCAGAAUCAGGGGAAACUAAAUGCAUUGCAUUUGAAAAUCUUGGCAGAAAACAUUAUGCAACUUCUGUAUGUUUGUGUAUGAUAUACACAUCUAAAUAGUUUUUUAAAAACAUUGGAUUGCAACUUGUAAGCCAAUUGACUUAAACAGGCCAUUUAACCAAAUUAGUUUGUUCCCUGUAAAGUACCCAAUAGAGGUUCAUUAUCUGCUUAUGCAGUUGACAUGAUUUCUUCUGACAUUAAAGUGGCGGAUAUGGGCUUAUUCAUUCUUCAUUAUUCAGCAAGAUUCUUGUAUUUCUACUUUUCCAAUGUAGUCUUCCACCCAUCACAUAUGGUCCCUACAAAUGUUAAACAUGGAAGUUGCCUUUCUAGUGUUGCUGAAGCGUGGUGCUUUCUGGGCAUACACAAAGGAUUCCCCCUCCCCUCUUGCUAAUGUUAUGCAAUUUAGGUUCUGUUUUAAUAUUUUUAUUUAUAUCAAGUGAACAGCAUUUAACUCUGAGCUUUUCCUACUGAACUACCAGCCUGCAAUGUAAAGCUGUUCCUUCUUAAUACAGAGCAUUAAGGGACCUGAUGAAGUAGGUGUUUCUGACUAAGCAUAAACCUAAUAGCAAAAAUGUGUUUUAGACAUUAAAACAGUUUUGGGCACCGUUAAUAUCCUAAAUUUAGUUUUUAGUCCAAAGCGUAGUAGUUGAAAUUAUUAUUUUUAAAGUAAUAUUUAAGUGGCGAUUUAUUUAGAACUUAAUGUACACACAUAAUUAUGCAAAUACUAGUGGAAAAUAAAGCAAAGCAAAUUUUAAAUAAAUAUAAGUGUUUGGUGGGGAGAAAGGGGAAGGAGUGAUGGCAAGGAUAAGAAACAAACAUCCUUAAUAAUUUUCACUUAAAAUUUUUAGCCAGCUCAUUGCUUGGAGAGUUCUCAAUCUGAACCUUAUCAUAGUAAGAUUUUUCCAUCUUGUUACAAAAAGAGAAGGCUUCCCAUACCAGUAAGUAGAAGAAUGCUGAAAAUGUACAUA